UCGUGAUGCAGUGUUGCUCGAAGCGCAUAAUGCGCGAUGAUGGUAGGCGCGACAUGAGCUUGGACGCUAGCAGUUCGCCAGGACCCCAGCAGUCGUCAUGUGAAGAUGGAUCUCACAGAUCCUUGUCGGCCAAGUGUAGAGCGGCUUCACGGCACAUUGCCCUGUUUCUUCCACGACUCCAACACUUGUUCCCCAACAUAUCCAACCCCGCGAUUAUGUCGUCUAUCCUGCGAGUAGACUCAUCUAGCAACAAAUGACAUUUCCUACCGCGUUUGCCCCACUUCGCGACCAGUUUUUCUUACCUCGGAGAUAGCGUACUCGGAGCUCCCUUGCAUAACAACGUUGCGCCAAACCCCAGCACCAGCUGGAUCUGACAAUGAUACUCACUGCAACGGCUGCGAGCCCGUCGCUGGUGUCUACCAUUGAUUUUUCCAUUGCCGACAAUGCUGCGUCACCCUCUCCUGUAUCCGCGACGCCGCCAGGCUCCGGCAUUGGCUAUCCCGAGAACUGGAACUCCAUCAUCGGCGUCGUUACAGCCAUCGUUGGCAAUGUCCUCAUAUCUUUUGCACUGAACAUGCAACGCUAUGCGCAUAUUAGACUGGAGAGAGAAUGGCAAGAGAAGGAGAGACGGAGGAAGCAAAUUAUGAGGGGUCGUUCCUACAACGGAGGAAGCGGAACCGAAGCGGGCGGGAAACCGAGGAAUGGUCUGGGUGGUUCAGGAAGGCACAACUCAGGCGAAACCUCUGAGAUUGGACACACACAUUCAUCAACGGAGGAGGACCCACUGAUACCGUCUGGGGCUCUGCGACGGACAAGCACCCAUGGCUCAUCACGACCAAAUUUGGAUUCGAUUGGAGAAGAGGAAGAAGACGGCCCAGAAGAGCCCGCAUAUAAGCAAAAGAGUUAUCUCAGAUCGCCUUACUGGUGGACAGGCAUUAUUCUCAUGACGACUGGAGAAGCUGGCAACUUUCUUGCCUACGGUUUUGCGCCCGCCUCCAUUGUCUCGCCCCUUGGUGUUGUGGCGUUGAUAUCAAAUUGCAUAAUAGCUCCAUUGAUGCUCAAAGAACCAUACCGGAAACGAGACGGGUUAGGGGUAUUGAUUGCUGUUGGUGGCGCAGUUACAGUUGUCUUGUCAGCGAAUGACAACAAUCCCAAGCUUGGUCCGGAUGAAAUAUGGGAUUUGAUCAGUACAUGGGAAUUCGAGACAUACUUUGGUAUCACAACGGCGGUCAUCAUAGCACUUAUGGUGGCAAGCAACCGUUUUGGAGAGAAAAACAUCUUGAUUGAUCUCGGUCUUGUAGGGCUGUUUGGUGGAUAUACCGCACUUUCGACCAAGGGCGUAGCUUCGAUGCUGUCGUAUACGCUCUGGCGCGCCAUUACAUUUCCAGUCACUUACCUGCUUGUGGCAAUCUUGGUCGGUACAGCCAUCAUGCAAAUUAAAUACGUCAAUCGGGCUCUUCAGCGUUUCGAUGCAACGCAGGUCAUCCCUGUUCAGUUUGUCAUGUUCACACUGUCGGUCAUACUCGGUUCGGCCAUACUGUAUCGGGAUUUCGAACGCACUUCUGGCGAGGACGCUGGGAAGUUUGUUGGAGGAUGUGCCAUGACAUUUUUGGGUGUGUGGCUUAUUACAAGCGGGCGACCACCGCGCGGAGACGAUGACGAAUUUCGGGAUCCAGAGCCAGAAGAUGCCAUUCAUCUUGCAGGUGAUCGGUACCGUGACGAUUUCGAUGGACCAGCCGAGCCGACUCCGCACAGCAGUCGCUCAUCUACUGCUCGAGCCAUGUCCCCGCCAAUGGAUGUGUCCAGGAGACCUUCCACAUCGAAAGGGUUGCAGCAGCAAACACCAGACAUUAUUUUCUCGGAUUCAAGACCUCAUACUCCGAAUGCUCUAUACACCCCAGAUGCGUCCUCUGCGCUAAAUACAAACCCUUGGGAUGAGCCUGCCUCGGAAUCACCUUCUAUUCGGCCCCUUCUCGAGAAUACGAUCCGAAACACAUCAUCUCCCAUCCUCCCAUCGCACUCGACCGAACCAACUCGCCCAUCUGCAUCCAGUCCAGAGCUCGUCACCCCUCACUACGCCAACCCACCCCGACCAACGACACCUACCCGCAAUGCCUCUGACACCGCAGCCGUCACCCCAACGGCUCCCAGCACAUCAAGGAACCGCCUCCGCAGGAUGGGUACCAACGAGCGUACCAAUGGCCGGAAUAGCAUUCCAGGACAUUUGCUGGCAAGUCCGCUGAGUACUAGUUUAAGCGCCAUGGUGGCCGAUCUACAACGUGGAGGGUCCCUGAGGGAGCGCUCUGGCCCCAGAGACCAAGGAGCAGCCCUUGCAGACGACAACAUUAGGAGACGACAAAGCGUACUCGGGCUUACCACUGGUUCGGGGGGAGCGCACGCCGAUGACAUGUUCGGCGAGCCGCUCGAUCGGCGGAGGACGACGUCGGCAAUGGACGCGGAUGCAACAGCAGCCAGUGCUUCCCAGCAGGGUAGCGUCAGCGGUGCUGGAGGCCGGCCCAGAAGCGUCAGCGCCACUCUGCAAGAUAUGUGGAGGGGGUUGAGGGGUGGGCCCCUUGAUCCCCAGCGGGAUGACGGUGGGGAGAGUGGGAAUGCGGAUGGGAAUGCUCGUGAGCAACGGUGA